UUCACAUCACAGUGGCUGGCACUGCGUGUGUCUGAUACCGUUCACCGAAACUGAAGUUUUAGUAAUUUAUUCGAGUGAAAUAGAAAGUUGACAGCUGACGGCAUGCAAGCAGAAUCGGGCAUAGUACCCGACUUUGAGGUUGGGGAGGAUUUUCACGAAGAGCCUAAAACGUAUUACGAGCUGAAGAGCCAGCCGCUGAAAAACAGCAGUAGUCCGUGUGAGCAGCAUGGCUCGUCCAAGCCCCCGCUGGGUGUGUCGAGCGUGACGUCGCGCAUCCUCCUGCGGCAGCAGCUGAUGAGGGAGCAGCUCCAGGAGCAGGAGCGGAGGGAGCACCAACACCACCAGCACCACCACCAGCAGCAGCGCCGCCAGGCCUCCUCCUCCUCCUGCGCCUCCUCCUCCUCCUCCUCCUCCUCCUCCUCGCCCUACGCCCGCCUGCACAACGCAGGACAGACGCCCGCCAUCAAUGUGACGGCCUCACCCGGCCUGCCCUCCUCUGCCCAGGUGCCCAUGGAGGUGCUGAAGGUGAACACACACCUGGAGAACCCCACCAAGUAUCACAUCCAGCAGGCGCAGCGGCAGCAGGUGAAGGCGUACUUGUCCACCGCCCAGCAGCCGUGCGUGAGCGUGAGCGUGAGCGCGAGCGUGAGCAAGCUCGGGUCCCAGGCGGUGUGCUCGCCCUGCCCCACCCAGGGAGCAGACCACGGGGGCAUGUUGCCUCCCGCCCCGGGCAACAGCGCGCCCAACAGCCCCAUGGCCCUCCUCACCCUCAACUCUACAGAGAAAGAGAUGGACGAUGUCAUUGAUGACAUCAUCAGCUUGGAGUCCAGUUACAACGAUGAUAUCCUCGGACUCUUGGACCCGGGGCUGCAGAUGGGCAACUCGAUCCCCGUGUCUGGCAACAUCCUGGACAUGUACAGCAGCCAGGGCAUGCCGCCCCCCGGCCUGGCCAUCAGCAACUCCUGCCCUGCCAGCCUCCCCAACAUCAAGAGGGAAUUCUCUGUGACUCCGUCUCCAGCUGUGCUGCACAUGUUGGACAAGUCGGUAUCCUGCGGCAAGUUUGAAAACUAUCAAAGGCCUGAAGGGUUCCCCGUAGAAGGCAGAGCACUGGCCAAGGAACGACAGAAGAAAGACAAUCACAACCUGAUCGAAAGAAGGCGGCGCUUCAAUAUCAACGACCGCAUCAAGGAACUGGGGACUUUAAUCCCUAAAUCAAAUGACCCGGACAUGCGCUGGAACAAGGGCACCAUUCUCAAGGCCUCCGUGGACUACAUCAGGAAGCUGCAGAGGGAGCAGCAGCGCGCCAGAGAGAUGGAGACCCGGCAGAAGAAGCUGGAGCACGCAAACCGCCACCUCAUCCUACGGAUACAGGAGCUGGAGAUGCAGGCCCGUGCCCACGGGCUGGCCGUGGUGGCGCCCUCCGGUGGCCUGUGCCCCUCGGAGCUGUCGGCGCGCGGCAUCAAGCAGGAGCCUGCGCUGGGGGACUGUGCCCAGGAGCUGUACCCGCCCCACACGCCCCACACACAGCACCAGGGGCAACAGGGGCAACAGGGGCAACAGGGGCACGAGCCCUCCCGCCCCACCACCCUGGACCUCAGCGACGGCAGCAUCUCCUUCAGCGACGGCCCCCUCUCCCCCCCCGCCGGCUACGGCCUGGCGCCCAAGUGCAGCGGCAAGCUGGACGACGUCCUGAUGGAGGACAACGUGUCGCCGGUGGGCGCAGGAGACCCGCUGCUGUCGUCAGCAUCGCCCGCCACCGCAGACCCGCUGCUCUCCUCCUCCGACUCCCCCAACGCCUCCAGGGACAAGAGCAGCGUCAGCAUGGAGGAGAACGAGCACUGUUAG